AUGCGGCAGUGCCUUGUUCAAGAUCCUUUCCAAAUAGAUGAUAUUGCAGUGGAUACGCCUUCAUGCUCUCCGCGCAAAGUGACCUCAUUGGCUGGAACACGGCGAAAAGUCACUGUUUCUGGUUGGGAAAGAAUUCAGUUACUGUCCAAGCCUGUUUACAAGGAUGUUCAUUUACGCAUAUUUUCGAACAAAACACAAUCGUCGAUGUUUGUCGUACCUUGGAGAUGUCGUUCAAUAAUUGUGGAUAACGUAAAGUUUUGCCCAGCUAUGGUACUUGGGCCUACUCAUGGCUCCGUUAUACUUCGAGAGGUACACAAUACUGCCGUAAGCAUUGCCUGCAAGCAGCUUUAUCUAUGGAACUGCUCUAAUGUUACCGUAUUCCUUCACUCAUUUCAUCCCCCAAUUGUAAGGUUGUGCAGCGGUAUUCAAUUCGCGCCUUAUAAUGUUUCUUAUGAGGGUAUUGAAGAGGAGAUGAUGGCUGCAGGUCUCAGAUGCUAUCAGUAUAAGACGCCAAAGCAUGCAGUUGUGGUGAGUUCCAAAAUUUAUUCUUUGGGAGAAUUUUAAAA